AGUACCUUAUGGAGAUCUACAAAGCGCGAUGUGCCGAGGAAAGGGUUGACGCCGGGGAUGGAUAGACGUUGACGAGAGGGCGGUUAGGAAAAUGACGAAGCAACGUGACCUCGUAGCGGCCAAGGCUGGCGCUAUGAAAAGAGCCUCAUUCUCUGGGUCGGCGCGUUGGGUGGCAAUCUGAUGGGUCAGGUGCGACCGGCAUUCAGAGGCAUGCACGAAUGAGCGACGUGCUCUCCAAGGCGGAAGAUGUUGCAGACGCCCGCCCAUUUGAUUGUUUGCUUCAGGGCGCGAAGCCAGCCAAUGAGAGGGGCUGACGCCGGCAUUUCGUAUUUCACGCCUGACUACUCCAGGCGCCUCGCAGGUCUGACCCUGUAUGGCUAUACGUGGGCAUGCCGGGCUUCGCACGGAUGUGAAGAUCUUCCAGAACGUGGCUGUGCCUUUCAGGGUGGGUUAAUGCGUGGUGAGGAUAGGAGAUGGGCGCGAGCAGGAGUGGUGAAGUGGAAUUUGAUUGGCAGCGGAAGGGCCCGCUGUCGGUCCGGCACGCCCUCGCAACUGCAAGCAAGAUGUUACUGCAUGACGAAGUACCUUAUUGAACACAGCGUCAAUGUGCAACCAGCCUGCUGGCGAUCAUUUUUCGGAGUAACUCGAAGCGAACUCGGUGUCUAACUGUUCCGGACGAGGUUGGCUGCCAGAACAGGAGCUCUUCCGAGAUAAGACUUGGCUUUUUGGACUACGAUCGCCGGAUGCGAGCGGCCUGUUAGCAGAACACCAUCAUCUAUCUCCGA